AGGCACGGAGCCUGCGGUCAGGGGGAGCGUCACACUUUGUACCACACUACACUGAACUGCAAAUAAGGACUACGAACUAGACCAAGACUACAAACCUCUGACCUCCAGGAUACAGACGGCUGACUUCUGAUUGUCUCAGCCCCCAAACAGGCACCUUUUCUCAGCCUAACACCUCUACCAGCCUGCCCUGUCAUGCCCACGUCUGGAGCCUCAGAUCCAAAGUUGGAGGAUUUCUCCACUGCUAUUCUGAAACAGAAGAUUCGACCGAAUCGACUCAUAGUGGAUGAAGCUACCAAUGAGGACAACAGCAUUGUGUGCCUGUCACAGGUUAAAAUGGAGGAGCUACAGUUGUUCCGUGGAGAUACUGUGGUGUUGCGCGGACGGAAGCGGAGACAGACAGUCUGCAUUGUUCUCACAGACGACACAUGUAGCAAUGAGCGUGUGCGCAUGAACCGGGUCACCCGUAACAACUUGCGGGUCCGCCUUGGCGAUGUCAUCAGUAUCAACGCCUGUCCAGAUGUGAAAUACGGGAAGCGCAUCCAUGUUCUACCCAUUGACGACACAAUCGAGGGGCUGACUGGCAACCUGUUUGAGGUUUUCCUGAAGCCAUAUUUCCUGGAGGCUUACCGGCCUGUUCACAAAGAUGAUAUUUUUCUAGUGAGAGGUGGUAUGAGAGCAGUGGAGUUUAAAGUGGUAGAAACAGACCCCAAACCACACUGCAUUGUUGCCCCAGAUACUAUUGUCCACUGUGAGGGAGAGCCUAUCAAACGAGAGGAUGAAGAGGAGAGUCUGAACGACAUCGGGUAUGAUGACAUCGGUGGUUGUCGUAAACAGCUGGCUCAGAUUAAAGAGAUGGUGGAGCUGCCUCUCAGGCACCCAGGCCUGUUCAAAGCCAUCGGAGUGAAGCCUCCGAGGGGGAUUCUGCUGUACGGUCCACCCGGUACAGGCAAGACUCUGGUGGCACGUGCUGUUGCCAAUGAGACCGGAGCGUUCUUCUUUCUCAUCAAUGGCCCUGAGAUCAUGAGUAAGCUGGCGGGAGAGUCUGAGAGUAACCUGAGAAAAGCUUUCGAGGAGGCUGAAAAAAAUGCCCCUGCUAUCAUCUUCAUUGAUGAGCUGGAUGCAAUUGCUCCAAAACGAGAGAAGACUCACGGUGAGGUUGAGCGGAGGAUCGUCUCUCAGUUGCUCACCCUCAUGGAUGGCUUGAAACAGCGCGUUCAUGUUGUCGUGAUGGCGGCGACAAACAGACCCAACAGUGUGGAUCCUGCUCUUCGUCGCUUUGGUCGGUUUGAUCGUGAGAUUGACAUUGGUAUCCCUGAUACAAUCGGCAGGCUGGAGAUUUUACAGAUUCACACCAAGAACAUGAAACUGUCGGACGAUGUGGACCUGGAAAAGAUCUCCGCUGAAACACACGGGCACGUGGGAGCAGAUUUGGCUGCUCUGUGUUCAGAAGCAGCGCUGCAGGCCAUCCGCAAAAAGCUGAUUCUUAUUGAUCUGGAGGAUGACAGCAUCGACGCAGACAUUCUCAACUCACUCGCCGUCACCAUGGAUGACUUCAAGUGGUCUCUGAGUCAGAGUAACCCAUCUGCUCUGAGGGAGACAAUAGCCGAGGUUCCUCAUGUAAACUGGGAGGACAUCGGAGGACUAGAUGAGGUGAAGAGAGAGUUACAGGAGCUUGUGCAGUAUCCCGUGGAGUAUCCUGAAAAGUUUCUGAAGUUUGGAAUGACUCCAUCUCGAGGUGUUCUGUUCUAUGGCCCACCAGGGUGUGGCAAAACUCUACUAGCUAAAGCCAUUGCCAAUGAGUGCCAGGCUAACUUUGUGUCCAUUAAAGGCCCAGAGCUGCUCACUAUGUGGUUUGGGGAAUCAGAGGCAAACGUUAGAGACGUGUUUGAUAAGGCACGGCAGGCCGCUCCAUGCAUUUUAUUCUUUGAUGAGCUGGACUCCAUUGCCAAAUCUCGAGGAGGCGGGGCUGGGGAUGCAGGGGGUGCAGCUGACAGGGUCAUCAACCAGAUCUUAACAGAAAUGGACGGGAUGACCAACAAGAAGAACGUCUUUAUCAUUGGUGCCACCAACAGACCUGAUAUUAUUGAUGCUGCAAUCCUGAGGCCUGGUCGUUUGGAUCAGUUGAUUUAUAUCCCUCUACCUGACACAGCCUCCCGCUCUGCCAUCCUAAGAGCCAACCUCCGCAAGUCUCCUAUCGCUAAGGACGUAGACCUAGCAUAUUUGUCCCGGAUAACUGAGGGUUUCUCAGGAGCAGACCUGACUGAGAUCUGCCAGAGAGCCUGUAAGCUUGCUAUCAGAGAAGCCAUAGAGGCAGAGAUCCGUGCUGAGAGACAGCGGCAAGCCAAGAAGGAGACCGCUAUGGAUGAUGAUUACGACCCAGUGCCUGAGAUCAGGAAGGAUCAUUUUGAGGAAGCCAUGAGAUUUGCUCGUCGGUCUGUUAGUGAUAACGACAUUCGGAAGUAUGAGAUGUUCGCUCAGACUCUACAACAGAGCCGCGGAUUUGGCAACUUUAGGUUUCCCACUGGAGCUCAGUCAGGUGGAGGUCAGGGGUCAGGCCAAGGCUCUGGAGGUCAGUUCAGAAAUGAUGGAGAUGAUGACCUUUAUCAGUAAUCAAGGUCAACUACCGGCUCAACACGUGUGGUGUGAGACAGCGAGAGAAAAGUUGUUUGCUCUUACUCAUUUUGACAGAAACAUUAAAUUUAAUGCCUAUUGUUCACACUAAGAUGAUGUUGUUAAAUAUAUGUGAUGAUGUGAAUGUGUGUCGUACAUUAAUAAAGAAAAU